GCUUGACUAAGCGGAAAAACCACGGACGCUCUCCCUUGCGACGUGAAUUCCUAUUGCAGACCAAACGAGCAACCACCCUCAUUGAUAACGCGCAGCAACAUUAUUUUGCAUCACUGAUACAUAACUAUUGUUGAGAAUUCAAAAAACUUCCGAACACCCGCCUCUACAAAAUUCCAAGCAAGCCGAUCAUGGCUGAGUACGCGGCACUAAAGGUGGCGGAUCUGAAAAAGCUUCUCACCGAGCGCAAACUCUCCACGGCGGGCAACAAACCCGAUUUGAUCGCGCGUCUUGAGGAGGACGACAAGAAGCCGGCCGGCGAUUCUGCGGUGCCAGCAUCGAAACCGGAAGCCGAAGACGAGAUCGACUACGAUGACGAUGACAUUGUUCCUGCCGCAUCUACCAUCAAGCCCACCGAAGCCAAGGUAGACACCGCCGCCGCGCCAGACGCGCCCCCUGCCGCGACUGCGUCCUCCGCCGACGCGCCAGCGCCCACCUCGACGGCCCAAGCCGCCGCCGCCAACCCCUCGGGCGAGGCCGCCAACCCAUCGGCCGCCGAAACGGCGGCGACGACGACCGAGCCGCCCUUCUCGCAGCACCUCGCGGCCACCGACCCAGACGACGAGGCGACCAAGCGCGCGGCGCGGGCCAAGCGCUUCGGCGUCACCGCCACCGCCACCGCCGACGCCGACGCCACCGAGGAGGCCAGGCUGGCGGCGCGCGCCGCCCGCUUCGGCCUCGACCGGUCCGCCCUCGCCACGAGCCUCGACAGCGCCCUGCCCGACCGCCCGCUGAACCGGAAGCGCGGCCGCGGCGGGGACGGCGCAGCGGCGGCGGAGGGGGGCAGCCAGGAUGGCGGGGUGAAGAGGAGGCACGGCGCCGCCGCCGCCGAGGCGGACGGGCGGAAUAACAGGCGACGCGGCGCGAGGGGCCAGCGGGCCGGGGGGUUCAGGGGCGGUGAUGGCGGCGGCGGCGGCGGGAACAGGGCGGCCUCGGCCAGGACGCAGGCGCCGAGGAUGAGCCGCGUCGUCGAUGAUCCCACGGAGAGGGCGAAGGCCGAGGCCAGGGCCAAGCGCUUCGCUAGCGCCGCCUAGGUGGCUGCCUUUUGCGUUUUUGAUUUCGCCUUUCGAGCCGUUUAUUGCUCUACCCAGAACUGCUACCGGGAGGGUUUCGUUGUCUGAUCUCCGUCCUAUCUGCAGGGGAGCGGGGAUCUUGG